AGUGGUCUUUGGGAGAACCUGCCAUAGCUUGUACUUCGUCGGUUCUGCACUAGAUGGCACUGCGCGAAGUUUUAUCUGCUCUUGUUUUGUUCCAGCGACUGGAAACCCAGGCUGGGAUCGAGCGGAAUUCAUUGAAGCUGCGGGCUUUCGUGACGUGUCCCUGAGCGCUCCAUUACUUUGCUCGCUGCCAGCGCUUUAUUGUUCUUGCUCCCCUCCGAUCUUCUUCUUCCGCCUCCCCACCUUCCCUCGUGGUGCCCAUUCGAUGCCUUCGCCAUCCCGCUGAACUCUGCCUGGGCGACCAGCGGGCGCCCGCUCAACUCCAGCCCUCUCGCCCGGCUGCGCUUGUGGAGGAAGCCCAAAGCGAUCCAGAGGCAGGUGAGCAGCGCGCAGGAUGGGCGCCGCGGAGAGCAGCGCGGAACCGCUGUAGACGCGGGACGCCUCGCCUGCCCUUGCCUUGGAGACGGGCAUUGGCUCGAAAUCGACCUUCCAUCCUCCAGUGAGCGACCAGCCGCCCCCAAAAAAGCCACCCACCCGCGCCCACCCUGCUCGGUCUCGGAGGGAGGAAUCAUGAUCGAGUGAGCGAAGCCGUGCGCCGAACAGGAGAAGCUCGAGAGAGAGAGGGAGAGAGAGACAGAGAGAUGGCCAAAUUGACAGAGUCAAUGACUAAUGUGCUGGAAGGAGACUCAAUGGAGCAGGACGUGGAGAGCCCUGUUACAAUCCAUCCGCCUAAGUUGCCCAAACAAGCCAGGGAAGAUCUGCCGAAGCACUUAAAAGAAUGUACCAAGAGGAAAAUCCAGAGGUACGUUAGGAAAGAUGGAAAAUGCAACGUCCACCACGGAAAUGUGAGAGAGACAUAUCGUUACCUGACUGACAUCUUCACAACCUUGGUUGACCUCAAAUGGAGAUUCAACCUUUUUAUUUUUGUCAUGGUUUAUACUGUGACGUGGCUUUUCUUUGGAUUCAUCUGGUGGCUAAUUGCUUACAUCCGAGGAGAUUUGGAGCAUAUAGGGGACAAGAAAUGGACCCCAUGUGUCAGUAACCUCAAUGGGUUUGUUUCCGCCUUUUUAUUCUCCAUAGAGACAGAAACCACCAUUGGGUAUGGUUUUCGGGUCAUCACAGACAAAUGUCCUGAAGGAAUUAUCCUGCUUUUAGUUCAGUCUGUUUUAGGAUCUAUAGUCAAUGCUUUCAUGGUUGGCUGCAUGUUUGUGAAAAUAUCCCAGCCCAAGAAGAGGGCGGAAACCUUGGUGUUUUCUACCAAUGCCGUAAUUUCCAUGCGAGACGGAAAGCUGUGUCUGAUGUUCCGUGUUGGGGACCUUAGAAAUUCACACAUUGUGGAAGCAUCAAUACGAGCCAAGUUGAUCAAGUCAAAACAGACAAAGGAGGGGGAAUUUAUACCACUCAACCAGACAGAUAUUAAUGUAGGUUAUUAUACAGGGGAUGAUCGUCUGUUUUUGGUUUCACCGCUGAUCAUCAGCCAUGAAAUAAAUCAACAGAGUCCAUUCUGGGAGAUUUCCAAAGCUCAACUGCCCAAAGAGGAAUUAGAAAUUGUGGUCAUCCUAGAAGGAAUGGUGGAAGCAACAGGGAUGACGUGUCAAGCCCGAAGUUCUUAUGUUACCAGUGAGAUCCUGUGGGGUUACCGUUUUACACCUGUUCUCACGCUAGAGGACGGAUUUUAUGAAGUUGAUUACAAUAGCUUUCAUGAUACAUAUGAGACCAAUACACCAUCUUACAGUGCCAAAGAACUGGCAGAGAUGGCCAGCCGUGCAGAAUUACCCCUCACUUGGUCUGUGUCCAGCCAAUUAGACCAGCGUGCCGAAAUGGAUACUGAAGAGGAGACCAAGAACCACGAAGAACAAACUGAAAGGAAUGGUGAUGUGGCCAACUUAGAGAACGAGUCCAAAGUUUAGAAAGUGGGGACAGAGAACCACUAAUCUUCCUUUAAAGGGGGAAAGAGGGAGGACCGAUUAAGGUGUGACAAGCCUCCCUGCCCGUAAGGCAAGCAAAGAUUUGGGUUAAAGCUGCAAUAUCCCUGCAAUGUUGCCAUGUAAUCUCUUAUCCUUGUUCUAUUUUUUCAGCUGGAGAGCUCAGUGUUCACACAUGCAGGUGUGUGGUUUGGGGCUGGUUUCUAAGAUAAAGGGCAGAAGUUUGUUAACCUGGGCCAAAAGCAAAACACAGUGACUGUAAGUCCAUUCACGUCCUGAGCUUUAACUCCAGUUUUUAUAUACUGUAUUCUAAGACAGUUUUGAAUGAGAUGCCUGCAUUGCAGCUUUUAGACCCAAGGAGGUGAAGAGAAAGGUCUGAAAUUCAAUGAGAUACUGUACAUAUGCCUUAUGUAUUUUCUUUCUCUUUCAGUUUAGUAAUAAACCCAGCAUGUACAAAA